AUUGGAGCUAAACUUCCACAUCAAAUGAAGCUCUGAGCAGCAACAGGGCUGUCAGGAUGCUGCUUCCCAGGUGGUUGCUAGGGGCAUGUCUGUGGUUGCUAUGCAUCGCAGAGGUUUGGACUGUCACCUUCAAGUUGGCUCUGAUUGGCCCAUGGUCAUGUGACCCCAUGUUCUCCAGGGCGUUGCCCACAGCAGCCGCCAACCUGGCGUUGUCACGGUUACGGAACGACGGCGGUCUGAAGGGGGGCUACUGGUACGACGUGCGGCUUCUGGAGGAGGACUGCUCUGCCUCCAAAGCUCUCACACAGCUCAGUGACAUGGAGGGAUAUGGCCAUGCCUACAUUGGACCCUUUAACCCCGCCCUUUGCCAUGCUGCCUCCUUAUUGGCUCAGCACUGGGAGGCGGGGCUGGCCUCCCCUGGCUGUCUGGAUGCUGAUUGGCCAAGCUUGCCGCCCAUCACUCCGCCCAGCAGAGUCCUGUUCACCGUGCUGAGAUUCUUCGGCUGGGCCCACGUGGGCGUGGUCUCCGCUCCGACUGACCUAUGGGAGAGCACCGGGACCGAGGUGGCUUCUGCCCUCAGAGCCCUGGGCCUGCCGGUUGGCCCUGUGGUUACCAUGGAAACUAGGAGGGGGGAGGGACCUCGUGAGGCGCUGAGAGCCAUCAGGGAGGCAGACAAAGUCAAAGUGGUGAUCAUGUGCAUGAGCUCCAUCCUGAUUGGUGGAGAGGACCAGAGGGAGCUGCUAUUGGCUGCUUUGGACAUGGGGAUGAUCUCAGAAGGUUAUGUGUUCAUUCCCUACGAUGCCCUGCUGUACGCCAUGCCCCACCAGGACACAGUGUUCCCUCCUCUGACCAAUAGCACCCGGCUUCGCCACGCCUACAGUUCUGUGUUGACCGUUACCAUGGCGUCAGACCAAAGCUUCUAUGAGACGUUUCGCCAAGCACAAAUCAACAGAGAGAUUCGGUCUGCUGUAGCCGCCACUGAGGUCUCCCCUCUCUUUGGGACCAUCUUCAACAUGGUGUACUUUGUUGCCAAGGCAGUGGAGGAGCGUCGUCAAGCAGGGGGCGGGCGUUGGGUGACGGGCAAUCAACUGGUCGAAUCAGAAGGAGGCUUUGAGUUCCAAGGUUUUAACCAGGUGCUGUAUGGGGGGGAGAGGGGGCGGGGCCUGCAGACCAGGUACGUGGUAUUGGACUGUGACGGAGACCGCUUUGUGCCGACACACACACUCGCCCCAACACACACACAUGGUACGGUUGGUGGACUGAAACCUCUGAGCCGAUCCUUCAUUUUCCCUGGAGGCAGACCACCCUCGGCCAAUUUCUGCUGGUUCAGUCCAGACCAGGCCUGCUCUGGAGGUCCGGACAUGGUGACUCUGAUCUUUCUGUUCUUGCUGCUCUGUUUGCUGGUGGGACUUGUCUUUUAUUGGUUCAGGAACCACAGAAAAAGAGGGAACACGACCAAAUUAAUUCUGACUUUGGAUGACAUCGUCUUCAUCGACACUCAGAUCAGCAGGAAGAAACUGAACGACGAGUCAAUCAUGCGGAGUCUUCUGGAGAUUAAAACUCCGUUUCGCUCCAUCGCUCGAAGUUACAUCCUGACAACACCUGAGAGCUCCAACAUAGGAAUACUGGAGGGCGACUGGGUGUGGCUGAAGAAGAUUCCAGAGGGAAAGACGGUGACAGCUGUCAAUCAAAGCACCCAGAAUCUGUUCAACUACUUCCGGGAGAUGCGACACGAGAACCUGAACCUGUACCUGGGUCUCUUCCUGGACUCAGACAUCUUCGCCGUGGUCAUGGAGCACUGUCCCCGCGGCAGCCUCGCUGACCUGCUGGCCGACACCAAUAUGAGGCUGGACUGGAUGUUCAAGUCGUCUCUGCUGAUGGACCUCAUCAAGGGAAUGAAGUACCUGCACAUGCGAGGUUUGAGUCACGGCCGUUUGAAGUCUACAAACUGUCUGGUCGAUGGGCGCUUUGUUCUGAAAAUUACUGAUUAUGGACUUCCCAUGAUCCUUCACUCUCAGAACCUCAUCAUUUCUGAGGAUCCACACGACUUGUUGUGGACGGCUCCAGAGCUCCUGAGGAACCCGAUCAGAGGAGGAACUUUUGCUGGUGACGUCUUCAGUUUUGGCAUCAUCAUACAGGAAGUGAUCUCUCGCACGCUGCCGUACGCCAUGAUGGACAUGCCUGCCCACGAGAUCCUGGAGCGUUUGAAGCAGCCUCCUCCACUCUGCAGGCCAGUGGUUUCUGUGGAUGAAGCUCCGACUGAGUGUCUGGCCCUGAUGGCCGAAUGCUGGAGCGAAGACCCCAGCAAGAGGCCGAGCUUCGACGAAAUCUUCAAACAGUUCCGGGGUAUCAACAGAGGGAAGCGGGCCAACAUCAUCGACUCAAUGCUGCGGAUGUUGGAGCAGUACAGCUCCAACCUGGAGGAUCUGAUCAGAGAGAGAACAGACGAACUGGAGGUCGAGAGAAACAAGACGGAGAAGCUGAUUGGACAGCUCCUGCCCAAGUCAGUGGCACAGGCUUUGAAGAAAGGGAAACCAGUCCGGCCAGAACACUACUCUGACUCUACUCUGUACUUCAGCGACAUUGUAGGAUUCACCACCAUAUCAGCUCUGAGUGAGCCCAUUGAGGUGGUAGAUCUCCUCAAUGACCUCUACACCAUGUUUGAUGCCAUCAUUGCCACUCAUGACGUCUACAAGGUGGAGACGAUCGGCGACGCCUACAUGGUGGCGUCCGGCGUGCCAAACAGGAACGGGACGCGGCACGCGGCCGAGGUGGCCAACAUGUCGCUGGACAUCCUUCACUCCAUCGGGGCGUUCAAGAUCAGCCACAUGCCCGAGGUCAAGGUGAAGAUCCGCAUCGGGCUGCACUCAGGGCCGGUGGUGGCGGGCGUGGUCGGCCUCACGAUGCCCAGGUACUGCCUGUUUGGAGACACGGUGACCACGGCCUCACACAUGGAAGCUACUGGGCUGCCGUACAGGAUACACAUCAGUCUGGGUACAGUCAAGCUCCUGACCAGCCUCAAACUGGGAUACCAGUUUGACACCAGGAAGAACCACACACAGGUGAAAGGAGCUGAGGACACCUACUGGUUGAUCGGAAGAGAUGGUUUCAAUAAACCACUUCCUAUUCCCCCUGAUCUCACUGGAGGGUCCAGUAACCAUGGUAUCAGUCUCGAUGAGAUUCCAGUUGAGAGGAGACAGAAGUUUCUGGAUCGACAGAAGAAGAUGAAGAAAUAGAGAAUGCCAAUGCACACUCACUCUCACACACACACACACACACACACACACACACACACACACUCUCCCUACCUCGAGGACUGGAUAGUGAUGUUUUGGGCCGGGUAGCAGAGAGUGGCUGGGGUCACAUGGGACGCAUGUUUUUAUUUCCUGUUCAGGUCCAAGCAGCUCAGCUGUUUCCAUAGCGAUGCUGUAUCAUUCACCUUUUUUCCAUACAUUUGAUAUAAUGACACCUGAUUACACCUGGAACCAGGUCACGUUACCAUGUCAAAAGUACAGACC